AUGUUUGGAACGGAAUCGUCACUCAGCAUGUUUCUGAACACACUCACCCCUAAGUUCUACGUGGCGCUAACUGGAACCUCCUCCCUCAUCUCCGGACUCAUCCUGAUCUUUGAGUGGUGGUACUUCCGGAAGUAUGGCACGUCUUUCAUCGAGCAGGUCUCCGUGAGCCACCUACGCCCUCUGCUGGGAGGAGUGGACACUGCAACCCCCAACAACAACAGCAGCAGCAGCAGCAGCAGCAGCAACGGAGAGACGGACUCCAGUCGUCAAAGUGUCUCAGAAUGUAAAGUUUGGAGAAAUCCACUAAAUUUGUUCAGAGGAGCGGAGUAUAACCGAUACACGUGGGUGACGGGUCGCGAGCCUCUCACCUACUACGACAUGAAUCUGUCGGCACAGGAUCACCAGACGUUCUUCACCUGCGACUCGGAUCACCUCCGGCCGGCAGACGCCAUUAUGCAGAAGGCGUGGAGAGAGAGAAAUCCUCAGGCCAGAAUCACAGCGGCUCACGAAGCUCUGGAGCUGGAAGACUGUGCCACGGCCUACAUCCUGCUGGCCGAGGAGGAGGCCACGACCAUCAUGGAGGCCGAGCGGCUCUUCAAACAGGCGCUGAAGGCCGGAGAGCUGUGCUACAGGAGGAGCCAGAGUCUACAGCACCACAGCACGCAGUACGAGGCUCAGCACCGGCGAGACACAAAUGUUCUCGUUUACGUAAAGCGGCGUUUGGCCAUGUGCUCGAGGAAGCUGGGAAGAACCAGAGAAGCUGUAAAAAUGAUGAGAGAUUUAAUGAAAGAGUUCCCGCUCCUAAGCAUGUUCAACAUCCAUGAGAACCUGCUGGAGUCUCUCCUGGAGCUGCAGAACUAUGCGGACGUCCAGGCUGUGCUCGCCAAAUACGACGAUAUAAGUUUACCAAAGUCAGCCACGAUCUGCUACACAGCGGCUCUGCUGAAGGCACGGGCGGUUUCUGACAAAUUCUCUCCAGAGGCUGCAUCCAGACGAGGCCUGAGCACAGCAGAGAUGAACGCAGUAGAAGCCAUUCACAGAGCGGUGGAGUUCAACCCACACGUCCCCAAAUACUUGUUGGAGAUGAAGAGCCUGAUCCUGCCCCCGGAGCACAUCCUGAAGCGUGGGGACAGUGAGGCCAUCGCCUAUGCCUUCUUCCACCUGCAGCACUGGAAGAGAGUGGAGGGAGCUCUGAACCUACUGCACUGCACCUGGGAAGGAACGUUCAGGAUGAUCCCGUACCCUCUGGAGAAGGGGCACCUGUUCUACCCCUACCCCAUCUGCACCGAGACAGCAGACCGCGAGCUGUUACCCACAGUGUUCCAUGAGGUGUCCGUUUACCCCAAAAAGGAGCUGCCUUUCUUCAUCCUAUUCACGGCCGGACUCUGCUCCUUCACCGCCAUGUUGGCUCUGCUCACGCACCAGUUUCCAGAACUCAUGGGGGUCUUCGCCAAAGCCUUCCUGAGCACACUGUUCGCUCCUCUGAACUUCAUCAUGGAGAAAGUGGAGAGCAUUCUACCCUCCAGCCUGUGGCACCAGCUCACACGCAUCUGA